CUCGGCGGCGGAGCCCAGUGUCCUGAUAUGCGCAAUAAUGGACCAGAAAAUUCUGUCCUUAGCAGCCGAAAAGACAGCAGACAAACUGCAGAAGUUUCUUCAGACCCUGAAAGAAGAUGAUCUAGCUAAUCUCCUUCAGCAUCAGGCAGUGAAAGGAAAAGCUGUUGGAACACUCCUGAGAGCCAUCUUCAAAGGUUCCCCCUGCUGUGAGGAAGCUGGAGCUCUUAGGAGACUUAACAUCUACACCUGUUGCAUCCAGUUGGUGGAAUCGGGAGACCUGCAGAAAGAAGUGGCAUCUGAAAUCAUAGGAUUGCUGAUGCUGGAGGCCCACAGUUUCCCAGGACCAUUAUUGGUUAAAUUAGCCAAUGAGUUUGUUGGUGCAAUCAAAGAGGGCAGCCUAAUGAAUGGAAAAUCUCUGGAGUUAUUGCCCAUCAUUCUCACUGCCCUUGUUACCAAAAAGGAAACUCUGGCUUAUGGAAAAGAUGAACUGAGUGGGGAAGAAUGUAAGAAGCAGUUGAUUACCACCCUCUGUUCUGGCAGAUGGGAUCAGCAAUAUGUGAUUCAGCUCACCUCCAUGUUCAAGGAUGUGCCUCUGACUGCAGAAGAGGUGGACUUGGUGAUGGAGAAAGUGUUCAAGAUGUUCUCCAAGUUGAAUCUUCAAGAAAUACCACCUUUGGUCUAUCAGCUUCUGGUUCUCUCCUCAAAGGGAAGCAGAAGGAGGGUCUUGGAAGGAAUCAUAGCUUUCUUCAGCGAGCUGGACCAGCAGCGCAGAGAGGAGGAGAGCGGCGAUGAGCUCUUGGAUCUUAUUACUGUGCCGUCAGGUGAACUUCGUCAUGUGGAAGGCACCGUUAUCCUGCACAUUGUGUUUGCCAUGACAUUGGACUGUGAACUAGGCAGAGAACUCCUGAAACACUUAAAGGCAGGACAGCAAGGCGGUUUCAGUAACAACGUGUGUCCCUUUAGUGUAGCCCUCCUGCUCUCUGUAGCAAGAAUACAACGCUUCGAGGAGCAGGUAUUUGACCUUUUAAAGACUUCGGUUUUUAAAAGCUUUAAGGAUCUUCAGCUUCUCCAAGGCUCGAAAUUUCUUCAGAAUCUAGUCCCUCAUCGCUCUUGUGUUUCCGCCAUGAUCUUGGAAGUGGUAAGGAAUAGUGUUCAUAGUUGGGAUCAUGUUACUCAGGGCCUGGUCAAAUUUGGCUUCAUUUUAAUGGAUUCAUAUGGGCCAAAGAAGAUUAUUGAUGGAAAAAUGAUUGAAACCAGCCCAGGUCUUUCUAGAACACCAAACCAGCAUGCAUGUAAGCUGGGCGCUAAUAUCCUGUUGGAAACUUUUAAGGUCCAUGAGAUGAUCAGACAAGAAAUUCUGGAGCAAGUCCUCAACAGGGUUGUUACCAGAGCAUCCUCUCCCAUCAGCCAUUUCUUAGAACUGCUUUCAAAUAUCAUCAUGUAUUCACCCUUAAUUCUUCAGAGUUGUUCUUCGAAAGUCACAGAAAGUUUUGACUAUUUGGCCUUUCUGCCCCUUCAGACCGUCCAAGGGCUGCUGAGAGCUGUGCAGCCCCUUCUCAAAGUGAGCAUGUCCAUGAGAGACUCCCUGAUACUUGUCCUUCGGAAAGCUAUGUUUGCCAGGCAGCUUGAUGCCCGAAAAUCUGCAGUGGCCGGGUUUUUGCUGCUCCUGAAGCACUUCAAGGUUCUGGGCAGCUUGGCGUCCUCUCAGUGCAGCCAGUCCGUCGGCGUGACGCAGGUCCACGUGGAUGUCCACAGUCGUUACAAUUCUGCUGCCAAUGAAGCGUUUUGCCUUGAGAUCAUGGAUAGUUUGAGAAGAUGCUUAGGCCAGCAGGCUGAUGUUCGACUCAUGCUUUAUGAGGGGUUCUAUGAUGUCCUUCGAAGAAACUCUCAGCUGGCUAAUUCAAUCAUGCAGACUCUGCUGUCACAGCUGAAACAGUUUUACGAGCCGCAAGCUGAUGUGCUGCCUCCUCUGAGGUUAGACGCUUGUGUUUUGACCCAAGGAGAUCAGAUCCUUCUGCAAGAACCACUGGAUCAUCUGCUGUGUUGUAUUCAGCACUGUUUGGCCUGGUAUAAGAGUCGUGUGAUGCCCGUACAUCAGGAAGAGGAAGAGGAGGAAGAGGAGGAAGGAUUCUACCAAGAAUUAGAUGAUAUGUUGGAGUCUAUCACUAAUAGAAUGAUUAAGAGCGAACUAGAGGACUUCGAACUGGAUAAAUCAGCAGAUUUUUCUCAGAGCACUGGUACCGGCAUCAAAAAUAACCUCUGUGCUUCUCUUGUGAUGGGAAUUUGUGAGGUUCUAAUAGAAUAUAAUUUCUCCAUCAGUAAUUUCAGUAAGAAUAAGUUUGAGGACGUUCUGAGCUUAUUUAUGUGUUACAAGAAACUCUCGGACAUCCUUAACGAAAAGGCUGGCAAAGGCAAAACUAAAACGGCCAACAAAACGAGCGAUAGCUUUUUGUCCAUGAAGUUUGUGUCUGAUCUUCUCACCGCUCUUUUCCGGGACAGUACCCAAAGUCAUGAAGAGAGCCUGUCUGUGCUCAGGUCCAGCAGUGAGUUCAUGCGCUACGCCGUGAGCGUGGCCCUGCGGAAGGUGCAGCAGCUGAAGGAGACGGGUCACGUGAGCGGCCCCGAUGGCCAAAACCCGGACAAGAUCUUUCAGAGUCUGUGUGACAUAACUCGGGUCUUGCUCUGGAGAUACACGUCCAUCCCUACGUCCGUGGAGGAGCCGGGCAAGAAGGAGAAAGGGAAGAGCAUCUCCCUGCUGUGCCUGGAGGGUUUGCAGAGAAUCUUCAGCGCCGUGCAGCAGUUUUUCCAGCCCAGGGUCCCCCUGUUCCUCCGCGCGCUGGAUGUCCCGGGUAACGAGGGAGACGGGGUGGAAGUCACUGUCACCCAGAGAGCGACGUUCCAGAUCCGGCAGUUCCAGAGGGCCUUGUUGAAUUUACUCAGCUGCCAGGAGGAAGACUUCAACAGCAGAGAAGCCCUCCUCCUCGUCAGUGUUCUGUCCAGCUUGUCCAAGCUGCUGGAGCCCUCCUCCCCUCAGUUUGUGCAGAUGUUGUCCUGGGCGUCCAAGAUCUGCAAGGAGAACAGCUGGGAGGACGCCUUGUCUUGCAAGGGCAUGAUGAACUUGCUCUUCAGCCUCCAUGUUCUGUAUAAGAGCCCUGUGGCCCUGCUGCGCGACUUGUCCCAGGACAUCCACGGACACCUUGGGGACAUAGACGAGGACGUAGAGGUGGAGAAAACAAACCACUUUGCAAUGGUGAACGUGAGGACAGCGGCCCCCACCGUCUGUUUGCUGGUUCUGGGUCAGGCUGAGAAGGUCCUAGAAGAAGUGGACUGGCUGAUCAACAGGCUUAAGGGACAAGUGAGCCAAGAAACCAUGUCAGAAGAGGCCUCUUCUCAGGCAACCCUGCCAAACCAGCCGGUGGAGAAAGCCGUCAUCAUGCAGCUGGGAACGCUGCUCACCGUCUUCCACGAGCUGAUGCAGACCGCCCUGCCGUCGGGCAGCUGUGUGGACACCUUGUUAAAGGACCUUUGCAAGAUGUACACCAUUCUCACCGCACUUGUCAGAUACUAUCUCCAGGUGCAUCAGAGCUCCGGAGGAAUUCCAAAAGUGAUGGAGAAGCUGGUGAAGCUGUCGGGUUCUCAUCUGACCCCUGUGUGCUAUUCUUUCAUUUCUUACGUACAGAACAAGAGCAGCAGCCCACAGCACACCGGAGGAAAGAGAAAGAACUCGGCCACUGUGGCCGUGGCCAUGGCCCGAGUUCUUCGGGAGACCAAGCCGAUCCCGAACCUCAUCUUUGCCAUCGAGCAGUAUGAAAAGUUCCUCAUCUGCCUCUCCAAGAAGUCCAAGGUGAACCUGAUGCAGCACAUGAAGCUCAGCACCUCGCGAGACUUCAAGAUCAAAGGGAACGUCCUGGACACGCUUCUCCGGGAGGAGGAGGACGAGGACGAGGAGGAGGAGGAGGAGGACGAGGACCGAGAGGACACUGCGUCAGAGCACGGGGGACAGGACGAAGAACCAGCCAAGAAGAAAAGGAAAAAAGAAACGAAAUGCCUGAGUUAAUGAGAACUUUGGGGCUUCUGCUUUCUUUUUACCCAACAAGCAACACUACCCCCUUGUCCUACAGCCUACACCGGCGCUGGCGUCUUCUUCUGAACCCGUUGAA